UCUGAUUUUGAGGGAAGAUCAGACAGAGGGUCGAGUUUUGCUCUGGGAUUUAAUUUCUUGAAACCCCAGAAAUUUUCCCAACAUGGUUUCCGGAACGGCCAUUGCUCUUGCAGCAAUCCUGGCAGGACUGGUUUACUUUAUCUACUUGAGGAAGCCCAGGUGGAAUAAUGCUCCCCCAGGACCUCGUGGAUUACCGUUAAUUGGAAACAUGUUCCAAAUGGACAAAUUCCAGCACGUGACAUAUUGCAAGUGGGCGAAGGAAUUCGGACCGUUGGUUAAAGUGAAAUUUGUUUCGUUAAAGUAAAUAAAUUAUGCAUACUUGCAUAAAUAAUUAUUUACAUGAGGAUAAUUAUCUAUACAUAAAGUAAACCUUCACAACACAUGCCAACAGGUGAAGCCAUUUUGUAAUACAUAUGACAAAAUGAGUCUAAUUUUGGUUGAGGCAAUUCACGUCAGCCUUCGUAGAUAAGUCCGUAACCACGUAAACUUACGAAUUAACCAAAAACAUGCGUUUUAUUUUCGCCAGGUUUCGUAAUUAAAUAUUGAGGGAAUUAAUAGUGUCGUAAAAUAACGUAUUUAGCAAAUAUUAUUUGCCACGGUUACGAGAUUUUCUAAGAGCUGUAGGAUUUUGUCAUCAAAAAUCGCUUUACUAAGGUCACGAUUUUUACGAAGCCUUACCCCUAGUUUUUUUCUUCUUCGUUAGUAUCCUAUAGUAGUUUACGAUACUAACAAGAGAAGAUUCCUGACUGCUACUCGCAUCCGGGGUACCAACUAUGUUUUUUGCAAGCUACAUACAUAUAUACUAAGACCCCAGAUAAAGGAUUCGUUCGUUCGGUGAGGUUAAACAAAUUUAUUUCAGCAUGAUAAUUGUCUCGGACUGCAAAAUGGUGAAGGAGAUGUUUUCCGACUCCUCAUUUUCUGGUAGGAUGGAUUUUACGCCCUUCGAUUUAAUCCAGGACGGGAAAUUGCACGGAAUCUUGAACACUGAUGGCGAACAUUGGGAGGAACUUCGGCGAUUCACGUUGCGACAAUUGCGCGAUUUUGGCUUUGGCAAGGGCACGAUGGAGGAUUCCAUAAUGUUGGAAGUCAACGAGCUUAUCGACCUCCUUAUCGAACAGGGCGAAAAACCUGUCGACAACGUCAAGCAGCGCGUCGUGCUGGCAGUAAUAAACUCAUUGUGGGCCAUUUGCACGGGGAUAAGGCACAAACAGGACGAUAAAGAACUAUUGGGCAUAAACGAGAAAGUUAAUAAGGCAUAUGAUGCCAUAGUUGAGGGUGGCAGUGCCGUCAUGUUUAUGACAUGGCUAAUCUAUGCCUUCCCAAGGUGGACUGGAUACGAUAAAAUAAAAGCAGCACUAUCUGACAUGGCCGAUUACCUGCGAAAACCAGUUAUGGAUCAUAAGAAGACGAGACAGGACGAAUUUGAAAGAGAUUUUACCGAUGCGUUUUUAAAAGAGAUUGCAAAAACCACGGACCCGAAUUCAGCAUUUAUGGGGAAAUUAGGAGAGGACAACCUUGUUUCCACUCUGGGCGAUUUAUACCUUGCGGGAACCGACACAAUUGCAACCACGCUCUCCUGGAUGAUUCUGUAUCUCAGCAAAUUUCCGCAAAUUCAGAAAAAAUUUCAGCAAGAAAUUGAAUCCGUUACGGGAAAUACCAGAAAAAUUACAGUGUCAGACAGACCAAACAUGCCGUACACACAAGCCCUGAUCGCAGAAACGUUACGUUUCUCAUCCAUCGUACCGCAAGGAGUGCAACACAGGGUCUUGAAGGAUCAGACGUAUCAGGGUUUUCUCAUUCCGAAGGACACCGUCAUCACGGCAAAUUUAUACUACAUCCAUUUCAACCCGAAAAUCUGGAGGGAUCCGGAGAACUUCAGACCCGACCGAUUUUUGAGCCCGGAUGGAAAAUCGUUUAAGAGGCAUGAUUCGCUGAUCCCAUUCUCCACGGGGAGGAGGCAGUGUCUCGGAGAAAGUUUGGCGAGAGACAGCAUUUUCCUAUUUUCCACCAACAUCGCGCAAAGAUUCAAUCUUGAGUUUGACAAGAAUGGACCAGAAAAUGGUUUCGAGUCCAAGUUAUCCUUCCUAUUGAAGCCAAAACCGUUCAAUGUAAUUUUUAGGGAUAGAUUGGCCAUGUGACGAUUUGUAUCUAGUGGAGAAUUAAAUAUUUGGGGUUAAUUUAUGUAUGUAUGAUUACUAAUAACAUUACUAUUAACAGAUGACAAUUAGUUCCCGAAAAAUUGGUUCCCUGAUGCAUACCCGUUGUCAUAUUUACACUCUAAAUAAAAAUAGCUAAAAUUUACCCAAUUUUUACUCCAUAAAAUUGAGGAUGACAUAUCCAAUACAAUUUACACAGCGGUUAUAUAAGUUUUACCUAACGUUGUGGCAUCCUCUAUUUUACUUCACCUUGUGUAAAUUUCAAUAAUUUUUAUUCAGAGUGUAAUAUGGAGUUUCGCAUACUGAGUUUAUCAGUAUUCUAAAUAUGUAAUAUAAUCAGCUUACUAAAACUUUUAUGGGGUCGAAAUCGGGCAAAGUAUCAUUUAUUUAUUUACAUGGUUCAGAAAUAUCGUAAAUUUUUUAGUUUGAUCGUUAGUCUUCAUAACAAACUUUCUCAUAACUUUAAUCUACUAACAUAUCGACAUACAUAGGAGUUCCUCCUUGGCAUUCUCCAGUGCAACACGUAUCUCUCUCUCGCUCUGCAUCUGGAUCUCCUUCCAUCUGGGUCGCGGGUGUGCCAGGGCCAGUUAAGUGUGUCCUAAGGCCCCUACGCCACGUGAGCCUCGUCCACUCACACCCCCAACCUGCGUGCCUAGUGACACCCCCUGCCACACCCGUCCCAGCAACGACAAGCUGAGCCAUCAGGCGAAGAUGGAUCUCGUCGGACCCUGUGCACUGGAGGAUCUACGCCUUGGAGGACUCCCCCAGGUGAGACCUUUGAGUGUUAUAUUGGGGUGGUGAGCAUGUGGGGGUGGUCGACUGAAGAGUGGGUGUGCGCGGUGCUGGUGGGGGCGGCUGGGGUAGGUCUACGGGGUUCCCAUGACCUGGUCAUGUGCUGCGGUGGGAGGGGUUAGUUUGUGGAGAGUUUCAUGGCCCCUUUAUGGGGUCACUUAGGCCGAACCCUGAUGGGUCAUUGGUUAGUUUGUGGUCCAUGGACGCUCCGCUCCAGCCCAGAACCCGUCGUGUCCCCGCCAGCACGUCGCCUACUCAUUUGGAUGUCACCAUUUUUCCCCAUAUGUAAAUCGCCUAUAAUCUCUGUCACUCUUUGGUUGAGCCUGGGUUUUUCAGGUAGUCAGGGCCGAAUGGUGAUCUGGGCAUCCUUCCCAGAUCAGGUAGAGGUUUUCCAGACCGACCACCACAGUCUGGUUUUCCCUCUACUCCCCUGACUACUAUCUCAAUUAUUAUAAUCUAAAAAUUUGACUAACUAUGUAAUUAUGACUUGCAAGAGCUACUGGCUAUUUAUGCAAUAAAGAUACAUA